UGCAAGUUGAAGUGAAAGUGACAGGACCUACCUCUGGUGUCGUCCCGAGAGGUGUAGUGUCUGGUGGGGACAUGGAUCAGGUACCAAGCACAUCUCUCCUUGAUGACUUCCUCAUCAGUGAAGACGUCAGAAAAAGGAGCCCAAAGAAAUCAUUUAGGAAAUCUCGAGACACACCUUCCAAGAACGUGACACAAUCUGGACAUGUUCAUUUUUGUGAGAAUAGUAAUUUGCAAAGGACAAACCUCUUUCAAAACAAACAUAAGAAGUUAACCACAAAACCAGAUGUAUCUUCAAACAGAAAUAGUUCUGAAAGUGAAUCUCCACCCAAUGAUGAGCAUUUGUCUGACAGCAGUACGAAUAUUCAGGAAAGGACGGAAAGUACACCUGAAAAUGUUACUGAAACUUCUGAAAGGAAGCUUACAGAUUUUUCAAUAUUGGAUGAAAUUUUCUCAUGAAGGCAUUAAAAACAUCAAAUGAA